UUUGUGGAUGGAUUUGGUUUUCACGAUGUAGCUGGGUUGUUUUACAUAUUAUUAACAAAUUAUAAAAUAAUUAUUUUAACAUUUCAGGUAACAGUAAAGAAAUACCCACUCAAAAAACGAUUUUACAUUUUUAUGAAUAUUUUUAGCACUUUUUGGUUUUGGUCAGGCCCAAUCGUUUUAAUUAUUGCCAAUUUUAUUUUGGAUAAUUGGGUAAGAGAGGAAGUUGUUCAAGGUGUAGAUUCUGCAAUUAUAACUGCUGGGUUUAUUUUCUUUUUAAUAUUAACAUGCCCCUUCUGCAAAGCAAAACACUUUCCAUACCAUAUACGAACAAAUCAAAUAGCCAAUCAGCAAAACAAUUUUCCAAAUAAUGUGUAUGAAAUAGGUGCAAUACAGAACGGCACAACAAACAACUGUGCCUGA